GACUUUCACAAUACCUCGCAAUACCUCACAAUACCUCACAGUACCUCACAAUACCUCAGCAAUCACAAAACUUCGUAAUAAAAACAUUUUAUUCACAACAACACACAAUAAUACAAUGGCUCCUUCCAGAAAAUCCAAGUAUCUAGCCAUGAUGCCUGGAGCAGCAGAAGGUGAUUCAGAACUUGGAAUCCAAGAGUCUGAAACCUGCCUUCAAGAAAUGGCAAUCGAAAUAGAGAAUGCCGAAAGUACAUUGAAUAACACGGUUCAAGAGCUUCGACAACGCUUCAUUACUUCCACCGGUGCGAUCAACAAAUAUGAAUCGACUAAGCAUGUCGCAGCUAGCAUCAACACCAAGAAGACAGGUGUCCAGGGCGAUGGCAUAGAAGAUACCAUCAAGGAAGUUAUCGAGGAGGUCACAAUUGGAGUCUUGGACGAAGCUUUCAUCCAGAAGGUUACUCCAGACGAAGAAUCCGCGAAGCAAACCGAUUCCAAAGAUAUUGUUUCGAAGGAGGUGGUUGAGCAAGACAAACUUUAGGAACGUUUUAUCGCGAGAAAUUCUGUCUGAAUCCUCAUGGAAACUUCUGGUGAUUUGGAUCCCAAUCAUAAAUUCGAGAUCUAUGGGGCCUAUGAUCCUUUCAUAUUGAAGAUAGAUGGUGGCACUGUGGACAAAAAGUUUGUUACGGUUGGGAGCGAAGACGACGAUGAUAAUUGGUUUCUAGCUUAAAUUUACGAUGGCUGGCUGAGAUAUCACCAACAAAUGGUUUCUUCUGUGGUCAAAGAUCCUGUUAUGAUGCAUUGAAUGUCAAUGUUUCAGUAGCUGCAAUGUUCAUGGUUUCUUUCACUGCGUUCAAAAUCUGCCAUGACAAUAAUAAACAAUGGACAUGAUCAAUGUCAAACCUGUGCA